AUGCCACAGCCGGUGCUGAACCUGGAGCUAAGCGCAGCAAGCAAAGAUGGAGUGGCUCAGAGAGGCGAGGAGACCAAGUUCGACCACGUGAUGGCUCUCCAAGAAGAGUCCGUGCAGAUCACGUUCCUUCUGCCAGACGACUCAACCAUCGCAAGCGAGUUUAAGAAAGGCCAGACCAUAGCUGUGCUGAAGGUCUUCCUCGAAGACGAGUACGAUUUUAAGCAACAGGAAACGCAAUUAUGUCUGGAUGGCAACGUACUUUUGGACCCUUUCUCCUUGACAGACUUCCCAUGCGUCCUGGAGGCAUCAGCAAUCGAAAUUCAAGUGCGACGUACUAAAGCGGAAGCCAAGAGUAGAAAGUGA